GUCGAAGGACGCAUAAAAAGAAACAUUAAGAUAAAAAGAGAGAGAAAGCAAAGCCAGGAGAGGGAAGAAAGAAAAGAGAGCAAAACAAAAACACAAAACUUCUUUUGUCACUGGUGGUGUCUGAGGCAUGCACGUCUGGUCUGUUGAUCAUGACUUUUGGGGGUCUCUUUGCAUGUCUGUUCUAUGAACUCAGGGAUUCCUGCUGAUGAAUCGAGGUUUAAAGAGAUAGAACUUCGGGGAAAAAGUGAAUCAUUUUCUUCCUCUUUUUUUUUUUUUUUGUAUUUCAGUUGAUGUUUGGAAAUGGAAGUGAUGACAGAGCUAUAGUGGAAGCAGAGGGGUUCUUGGAUCCUAUUCUCCGCUCUGUUGUUUCUGGGUUUACUUAAUAUUGUGAUUUUGACUGUACUAGCACCAGUCUUUUGCAUCUCUUUCCCUAGUAUAAAUCUUCAAAGAAGCCACUUAUUCAAGAGUUUCUUGCAUAUUUCUGAGCUUGAAGCUGGUCUUGAUCUUAGCCCUUAUUCAAGAGUUUCUUGCAUAUUUCUGAGCUCGAAGCUGGUCUUGAUCUUAGCCCCUGGAAUUCAUGCAUACUUCUGGGUAAAAAGCAAAAAUCCUUCCAGUAUUCGAUUUAUGCUCAAAAAGAGAUAAGAGCAGCAGCAAGCAAGCAAGCUCUAAUGUCACAGCAUAGCUCAAUCCCAUCUCCGACAGACAAGUUCAGAAAACCUACUUCAUUUCCGAAAUUGCUAACCGCCUUCACGUUCAAGAACUUCUCAGAAACGUCAGAGGCAAUUAUGAGCCCAACUUCAAUUCUUGAUAGCAAGCCCUUCUCAGGCCUCAAAAACCCCUUCUGGCCUGACCCAAACCCCAGUCCUAAAACCCCGGAACCUGAGACCAGGCGCCACUGGGACAAACUAGACGCGAAAGGCAUUGGCCUUGGCAUUGUUGAUGCUCUUGAUGAUGAAAAAACUGACUCCAAUUUGUCGAAACCAGAAAGCAGAACAGUUCUGUUUGGCUCACAACUAAAGAUCCAAAUCCCUCCCUUUCCCCCAUCAUUUCUUUCAACAACAGAUCAAUCUCCCAAAUCUCCAGGUGAAUUUGGUAUUAAAACAAGAAACUCUCAAUUGGGUUCUUUCUCUUCUGGGUAUUCCCCUUCCCCAGUGAAAAAAUCAUUAUUCGGAUCAGCUAAUUCGGGUAUGGAAACUCCUAAUUCUCCCCGGGUCUUCGCCGGGUGUCUUUCUGCUAGUGAAAUGGAGCUCUCUGAGGAUUAUACUUGUGUAAUAACCCACGGGCCUGUUCCUAGAACUACUCAUAUUUUUGACAACUGCAUUGUCGAGAGCUGCUGUGGUGUUGUUGGCUUCUCUACUUCUUUAAAGAAAGACAAUAAUAGAUUUUUGGGUGAUGGGUCAAGUUACCCGCCUAAUAAUUUCUUAAGCUUCUGCUCUGCUUGCAAGAACAAUCUUGAGCAGGGAAAAGACAUUUACAUGUACAGAGGGGAAAGAGCAUUCUGCAGCAGUGAAUGCCGGUACCAGGCGAUGCAGUUAGAGGAGGGAAUAGAUGGAGUGGAUCCAGAUGAUGCUUAAUUAUGGAACUUGUUCCUGAUACUAGUUUUCAUAAUUUUGAGCAGUCUUCCUUCCCUGAAAGCUGGACCAACCCAGGAAAUAAACCGACUGCUCUCUUAUAAGGGUAACUUUGCAGGACUACUACCUAAUUUUUGUUUCAAUUGAAGAAGGAUGUAACUGAUAAAAGCGUGAGCAAAGAUGGUAGGAAAUUCAAUGCCAUGCUCGAAUCUGUUUUCAUGUUUUCUCCUUUGUUUUUUCACUUCAUUACUCUCCUUGUAGAGAAAUAGACAGCGACCCAGAGGCUGAAAUAUGGCCUGUAAAUUUGAUUUUAAUGAAGUGAUAAUUUUGGUGAA